GUUUUUGUGUCAAUGUCAAUAGACAAUUUGUCAACCUAUAAAAGAUUUUAUCAUAUUUAUGUCACAUAUAUACAAUCAUUUAAAUGCAUCGAACGGAAAGGUUUCUAUUAUUUAUACGCAGUUUAUCACGAAUUUGCAUUUAAUGAAGUAGUUGUUAUAGAAAGUGAAAAUGUUUAACGAAGAUUUUUAUAGAUACACAGUAUUAUCUACACCUAACGUAACAUAUACAAGAACGAGAUGGUAUCAACAAAGAAAAUUAUCAUUACUCGUAGUCGUAUUAGUAUCGCCAGUUGUUCUAUUCUUCAUUUUGUACGGCGUAUUAUUUGGAUUUCAUAGAAAUAUUGUUUACCCCAAAACAUCAACGAAAGUUAAUCAAGAAAGUAUUCAAAGAGCUUUAAUUUACAGUAGAAUGUACAUGUCUAACAAAACUGUCGAUAGUAUUCCACAAUUUAAAAUCCAUAAAAAAUUACCAGUGGAUAAAUUCAAACUUGUUUGUUAUUAUACAUUACCUAGUGAUAAAAAUAGUUUGAAAAUAGAAGAUUUGGAUCCUCAUCUUUGUACGCACAUCAAUGCAGCUUUUGGUAAAAUUGUUAAUAACAGUUUAUAUUUGAACAAUAAGCAAAUAGAAGCAGUGAAAAGUUUGGUUAAGUUGAAGGAGGUUAAUAAGGAUUUGAAGAUUUUAAUUAGUGUCGGCGGUGCUGGGAACCAAGACAAUGGCUUUCCUGAGAUGGUGUAUAACCACAGCAACAGGAAAAGUUUCAUAAAAUCGGUAGUUUAUUAUGUAAAAAACAUGAAUAUUGACGGGGUUGAUUUGGAUUGGGAAUUUCCGAAUCUAGAUACCAACGAUAAUUUGCAGAGGGUGCAUUUCACCCAACUUCUCCAGGAAAUUCGUAAAAAUAUUAACAAACAAACAAAUCCGUAUCUUUUGACAGUUGCCGUAGCAUCUCCCAUCACUCUAAUCACCAACUGUUAUGACGUCGCAUAUAUGAAUGAUUAUGUAGACUUUAUAAAUAUGAUGUCGUACGAUUAUCAUUUUUAUUCGAAAUGGACCCCAUUUACUGGUUUCAAUAGUCCCCUAUACGCGUCAGACCAAGAAAUUUUCUAUUUUCAAACAGAAAACGUAAAUUAUUCAGCCAAUCUUUGGAAUCAUUUGGGAAUGGAUCGAUCAAAAAUAAUUGUAGGACUGCCAACUUACGGACAUACGUUUAAAUUAGUAAACGUUAAAAACAACGGUAUAUAUGCACCGGCAAUAGGUUACGGCAGGUUAGGUAGUCUAGGUUUUGUAGAUUAUUUCGACGUUUGUAAAUUUUUAACUAUGAAUCAAAUUUCACCUGUGUUCGAUAUGGAAGUGAAAAGCCCGUACGCUUCCAAAUUUUACGAAUGGAUAUCUUUCGAAAAUACCCAAAGUCUCACUUACAAAGCGGAAUACAUCAGAGAUCAACAAUUCGGUGGAGCCAUGGUUUGGAGUUUGAAUUCUGAUGAUUAUAAGUUGAACUGUCGAAUAGACGGUAGGGAAAAUGACAAAUUUCCGUUAAUUAAAAGUAUUAAAAAUGCUUUGUUCGCGCCGAGAUAAUAAACAGGGAGUGAAAUAAUGUUGAAAUGUGAGGAUUAUUAACCCUUGACAUAUUUUAUAUUUACGGAUAUUAUUUCAUCAUUACAAGAAUCUGUUGUUGAGAAUUUUUGUUUGUUGAUACAUUUUAAUGAGAAAAAAUUCUUGAGAUGGCUUAAUUUAAUAGGCAGAUUUGUUGGUUUAAAGGGUACCAUUAUGGAGUGUAAAUAUCUGGUAAUAACUAGUACUAUCGAUUUUUUGUGUUUCUUAACGAUACUUUGUAUAUUUUAAUAACGUUUUGAGCAAUUUUGUCCCUGAAAGGGGAUUUAUUUUGUUUUGAAUAAAAAAUUUAAUAUUUAAAUAUUGCCUUGUUGAAGGAAAACAAAAGUAGAUUUUAGUGAAAAUGAGUUUUAAAUAAAGGAAAGAAGUUUCGUUACACUAGGAUUGGGAAUAGUGCAAUAUGGGAAAUGAAAGAGGUGAAAAAGUGGUUUUUUAAUGUAAAAUCGUGAUUAAUGAGAAAAUGACACCUCCAUAAUAAAAAUCUGUCUAGUAAAAGUUGUAGAGAAUUGAAAAAGCUACAAUAUAUACCAAUAAAUUUUUUUCAUCUAACCUCAAAAAUCUGUGUUUUUUUGGUUUUCAAUUUUUUUCCUCGUUUAUAAAUUGAUAGAUUUUUUUAAAAACCAGUAGGGGGAGUUUUUUGGUUCUAAAUGGCACUCUAUUCUAUAUUUUAGAAAAUAAGAAUCCAUUUCUAAAAUAUUGAGAUUUUUCAAAAAUAAAAUCAUUAAUAUUGUAAAUAGUGGAAAAACGAAUAUUUCCUAUUAAAAUUUUCUGACAAGUCAACCUACUGCUGUAUCAACAUUAUGUCAACACUUUUCACUUACACUAAACACAAUAUCAAGUCAAACUUGAGUUUCGAUAACCAAAUAAUCAACUUCGGGGACUAAUUUCAGUAUUCCACUAAAAGUGAAGAUAAGAUAUGUUCAUUUAGUUAUCGAAACACGCGUCAAUAUAAAUAUCACCAUUAAUACCAUAAAUUAGUACCGAAUAAUGUAAAUAUGAAAUAAAAAUAUUUAGCGCCAUCUAUUAACGAAAAAUAUACACGCAUAUACGUUGUUAAGGGUUAAUACUUCACAAUGGUACAUUAUUUCAACUUCCUAAUUUGUACAGGGUGAUUCAUAUACAUUUUUUUUAUAAAGUUACAUGACUCGCUGUUUCCUAGUUACGUCUAGGCAACAGCGUAGUAACUGCCUUUUAUGAAUCACCCUAUAUAUUAGGACAAUUUGCGAUUAAAUUGUACUAAUUCCAUUAAAAAAAAUCUCUGCUCAAUCAAAGGUGGAUAAAUCAUCUUAAACGAACUUUGUAUAAAAAAAUAAUUAUUUUGGUAUUUUUUUUAUAGUUUCUUGUACAUAUAUAAUAAAAAAACGUCUAUGUAUCAAUUCAACGAAAAUAUGACAAAAUGUCUAGUCAAAUUGAAAAAAAUGAUAUAGUAAAAUAGUACUGCCCGGGCCAAUCCGUUCCUGUUCAUUCUAGACGCGUCACGAUGUUGCCACAUUACUAAAUAUAAAUAGGAAAUUUAAACCACGAACAGUACCGGACUGGCUCAUAUUAUACUACUAUAAAAUCAAUAAAAAAAUAUUCAUCAGGUUAUUUAGUAAUCCAAUAUAAUCUGUAUGUAAUGUUUCAGGUAGUAUUUGAUAUACAUUCCUUAUAUUAAUAGUGAAAAACUAUUUUAAAUUCUGAAAACUACUCCAAACUACAAUUAACCCACUUCAAGCUUCAUAAUUCAAUCUUUUUGGUGUUUAAUGAUAACAUAUCCUACCAAUAUUCUUAAUAUUAAAAAAUGGGACUUUGAAAACUGCAGAAAUAUAUUUGAGUACUCCAUCUUAUUUUCUGAAAGUUUUGUAGGUCUUCAAUACCCACUGAAGUUUUUUACAGAUUCAAAAAUCAGAAUUUCUCCAAAAUUUCAUUUCAAAUCUACUAAAAACACAAAGCUUAUUUCAAAUAAUACAUUUCAAGAUUCAGAUUAAAGCUUAGAAAACCUGUCUAAUUGACUUCAAUAUUUAUUUUCGUUUUGAAAUUUCAUAAAUUUGGCAUUCAACUGCCAAAAUCUAUUAGGAGUAUUGCAAAUUUAUUUUCAACACUUUUAAAUUGUCUCAAACCCUAAAAACCCACAACAGACGUCAAAAUCCUACAAUCAAUCGUUUGUAAUACCCACUAUAACGUUAGGAAAGUUUCUUAACCCAUGUUAAACUCAUCAGCCCGUCUUCAAUACCCAUUAAACUAAUUUUGUACAGUGAAAAACUGUUAAAACCAACUUAAAACUCUGUAUUAUUCCAAAAAUUUCUCUUUUUUUAUUGUAAAACUAUUAAAAUUCCAAAUUUUUUUUGUUUAUAUCAGUUAAUAUACUUAGAAACUGAACCAAAUCCUGAAAUUUCAUUCCCGAAUUGAAUAAAAUUGUCUCAAAGACUCAUUUUCGCUUACAAAAAUUCAUUAAUUUGACAUUAAACUGCAAAAAUCUAUUAGAAUUGUCAUAAAUUUACUUCAAAUACUUCCAAUUGAUUUAAAUCCUCAUCAGACUUCAAAAUCCUACAAUCGAGCAAUUGUAAUACCCACUAUAACUUUCUGAAAGUUUCAUAACUCAUUUCAAACUCCUCGGUCACUCUUUAAUACCCACUAAACUCAUUUUAUACAAAACAAGACUCGAUAUUACUCCAAAAAUUCCUGUUUUCCAUUGUACACCUACUGAAAACCCAAAUUCUUUAUGCCUAUCAGAUAAUAUACUUCAAAAUUCAUAGUAAAGCUUCGAAAACCUGUCCAUACUUCUAAAAUUCGAUGAAACUCAGACUAAAAAACACUCAUCAAUCUUUGAAAUUCUACAAUCAAGCCAUUGAAAUGCCCACUAUAACUUUCUAAAAAUUUCACAAAAAAUCUGAUAAAAACCCCUACUUCAGAUAUUAUGCUCCAAAACCCACAUUAAAGCGAAAAUUUCAUCGAAAUCCUGUCUAAUUUUUAAAAAACUCAAGGAAAUCACAUUCUGGAAUUCAGAAAAACUCAAGCUUCAUUAUCAAUUAUAUACAUAUAGAAAUAUGUAUAAUAAGUACUGAUAGUGAAAUGGUUCAAAUAACCUUUGUUAUAACUAAUAUCAUAUUAAUAAAUACGACUCUUACACAAUUAUUAAAUGUAAUUGUUAAUAACUUUAUUUUCUACAUGCACUGUAUUAAUUAAAUUUCUAGCUAAGUAAAAUUUUGAAAUAUACAACUUAUCUUGUUUACGUUAUUAAAACUGAUAUUGUGUAA